AAAGGUUAGAAUGAAAGGCCAUUACAGCCACAGCCAGAGAAACCCACAGGGAAAGAUGAAGAAGAUCAAUAGAAGGUGUUGUUAACUUUGUUGUGCUACCUUCCUUCAACCACAAUCUCUCUUUCUCUCUACCACCCAUUCACCCUUUUCUCUCUCUUCAUCUCCCUCUUUCUCUCUCCUCCUCUUUCUCAAUCUCAUCACCACCACCAUCAUCUUCUUCUCCAUUUUCUCUUUAAUCCACCAACAAUCCCUUGAAAACCCAUCUUUGUUUCCUCUAUUUCAUCCACAACCCUUGUUUGAAACCAAAAAUGACUUUUUUUGUUAGAACAUAAAAAACAGAGAAAAAGGUCAAAGGUUUUUCCUUUGAUUCAUCAAUAUUUGAACUUUUUUUGCCGAUUUGAUUUUCUGGGUUCUCUUAGAUUUUGAAAAAGAUUGAACCUUUGAAGAUGGGUAGGGGAGGCGUUACCACCGCGGCGGCGGCGGUUGAACCCGGUUCAAACCCGGUUUUUUUCAAAGAGCCGAGAUACAGAGGCGUUAGGAAAAGACCGUGGGGCCGGUUCGCUGCUGAAAUCAGAGACCCUUUGAAGAAAGCUAGAGUUUGGCUUGGAACCUUCGACACCGCUGAAGAAGCGGCGCGUGCAUACGACACCGCCGCCAGAAACCUCCGGGGACCUAAGGCCAAAACUAAUUUUCCUCUUUCUCCACCUUUUUACCAUAAUCUUGAAGCCGGAGAUCCAUUUUCCGAUCAACGUUUCUAUGCCGGCGCCGUUGCCGGCGAUGGGUUUCAGGAUCAUCGGAGACCAACAUCAAGCGGUAUGAGCAGCACCGUGGAGUCUUUCAGCGGUCCACGUCCUGCCGGAACUUUAGCGCCGCCGUCGGUCGUCACCGGAAGAAGAUAUCCUAGGACACCACCGGUGGCUCCUGAGGACUGCCGUAGCGACUGCGACUCCUCGUCAUCGGUGGUUGAUGACGGUGACGGUGACAACGUGGCUUCGUCGGUGAUGCUUUCGUUUCAACGCCAGCCGCUGCCGUUUGAUCUCAACGCACCGCCGUUGGAUGAUGCUGACGUGGCAAUCGGUGGUGGUGAGGAUCUGCACUGUACCGUUCUCUGCCUCUGAUGAAACGAUGUGAUGUAUUGGUUCGUCGAAGAAAUUAUGAUUUUUUUUUCAUUUGAAUUUUUUUGCUCUUUCUUUUUUUCCCCUUUUUUUUAUUAUGCGGAAAAAAUGAAAAUGAAAAUGAUGAUGAAAUUUAUGAUUGAUGAUCGGUUAUGAGAUUAUGGUAAUAUAAUCUUAAUUUCUGUGAGAAUUUGUCUUCUAUUUUUCUUGGUGUAUGAUUAAAAGGCUAUUUUUAUCGAUCAUAAUUUAAUUUUCUA